GAUAGAACAUCCAGAGGUCAGGAAAAAAUCCAUCAGGUUGCGCACAUGUGUAGAGGCGCUGUUAUCAGAACAUAUAGCGUGCCACAAUGACAUCGCUUGCCCAUCAGCUGAAGCGGCUAUCAUUGCCCCAGAAUGACGCCAACCUGUUCAGUCGUAAGGAGGUUGCCUCCUUACUCUUUGAUCCUAAAGAUGCUGCCAGUAUGGACAGGAGCACCUUCCAUGCUCUUGGUUGCACAGGACUGGAGGAGCUUCUAGGUAUUGAGCAAGCUUUCACAGAGUUUCAGGACACCCUCUUCAGCCAGGCCUCCAUGGGUAUGGAGCGAAGUGUCCAGUCCAAAGAGAUCAACGAUAAACUGGACGAAAGCAUAUCCCUCUUCCUAGCUCGCCUUUCUCCAUACUUUCUUCUCAAGCCGGCUCAGAAGUGCUUGGAAUGGCUUGUGCACAGGUUUUACAUCCACCUGUACAACGUUGACAGCCUGCUGGCCUGUGUCUUGCCCUACCACGAGACCAAGGUGUUUGUCAGAGUUGUUCAACUCUUAAAGAUCAAGGACCCCACUAACCGCUGGAACUGGCUGGAGGUGCUACAGAAACCAGGUGUACCAUUGGCAAGAGGAACCCUGAUCACUCACUGUUACAAAGACUUGGGCUUCAUGGAUUUCAUCUGCACACUAGUCACCAAGUCAAUCAAGGCUUAUUCUGGAUUCACUGGCAACUGUGCCCAGCUCAGAGUGAUCUUCUCCUUCUAUGCCUCCACCAUCAUAACAGCUCUGGAGGCGGUGGAGAAGGUCUCAGACACCAUCAUAUCCAAGUUGCUGCCCUACGUUCAGAAGGGUCUGAAGUCCUCUCUCACCGACUAUAAGGCUGCCACCUACAUGAUUGUGUGCCAGCUGUCUGUGAAGGUGGUGAUGGACGCUCAGCUGGUGAACACCCUGGCCCUGCAAGUCAGCAGGUCCCUGGUUGGAGAGCCCCUGCUGGCCUCCGAGGGCCUGGGCUGCCUCGUCGUCCUGCUGCAGAACCAGAGGGGCAAGGCCAUUGGACCCAAAGCUUUUCACCAGCUGUGCUCCAUGCCCUCGCUGGUGCCCACUCUGCAGAGCAUGGCAGCCACUCAUGACGUCAGUCCCCUUCUGACCUACCUGCUGCCCCACCUGCUCCACUCUCUGCUCACCUGCACCACAGUCCCAGAUGACAUGGAGACAGAGGAACCUUCUCCAAGCUCUGUACACCACAGCCUGUUCGAAGCCAUGCUCAAAGAAGUGCCUCUGUCCAAGGGCCUUGACAACACAGUAGCAAAGUUGUUGCUAGAGGAGUACCUGUCCCAGAGCCAGCUCUCUGCAGAGGACCUCACCCUCCUCAACCAGCGGCUGCUGCCGUUCAUACGGCUGUUUGAGUCCAAGUAUGCUGGAGCUCUCGACAUGGUCCUAGAGAGUCAUGUCAGUGGCAUCAGCACCCAAGAGAAAAACCUCUUCCAUCAGUUCAUCUCUCUGACCAUGAGCAGCGGCAAGUUCCAGAUCCUGGGAGACUCUGACACAUCUCUGCUGCUGAGUCUGAAGCACCCUCUGCCCUCCGUCAGAACCACGGCGGUGGACCACCUGACCACUGUCCUCACCUCUGGACAGUUUCUCCAGCAGGGGGGGUUUGACCAGGCGUUCCUGAGCACGGCUCUGCUGGACAGGAUGAAGGAUGAUGUCCCUGAGGUGGUGUCAGCUGCCCUCAAGGCUGUGGAGGCCUACAAAGAUCGCAUGGACCCAGAUGAGACGGUUUCUAGUUUGCUUUCACUUCUUCAGAGAACAGAUUCCGCGGCUGGAAACUGGUGUCCAGUGUUACUGGAGGCUGUGAGGGUGCUGGACGACCCCGGGCUGUGGGACAGGACCCCGGGCCUGGGGCUGCGGGCUUCCUGGGGCUUGAUCCCCUACCUGGUGGUCACGUCCUCCACCCCUGACUCCCCUGAGAUCCUGCUGGCCUCCUACAUUGCCCACUCCUCCCUGCUGGCCCAGCACCCCCUCACCCAGGGCUGGUCACAAGUGCUGAAGGAGGUGAUGAAGAGCUCUUCUCAGUCAGACAUCAUUGUACAGGCGAAUCAGCAUCUGAUCUCAACUCUGACUAAGAACCUGGCCACCAUGGACCACAUCCCCAAACGCAACGUUCUGGAGAGGAUGGCAGAGUGUGUGCUGCAGCAGCGGCAGAGUGGAUCCAGCCGGAGGGAGACGACUGCCUUCCUGGUCCUGACCCAGGCUCUGCUGCUGGGCAUGGGGGACCUGGGUGGGACCCAGCACCUCCACACGGCCCAGCAGGUCUACAACCUCCUGGAGCCUGCCCUGCUGCAGCUCACCCAGCAUGACCAGGCCCCCGUGGACCAGGGAGACACUGUCUUCUCCUUCUCAGAGGGGCUGAGGGAUUACCUCCAGAGUGUGACGGGCCACAGAGAGCACAGCCUGCUGCUGGUCUCUCUGCUCCGAGGUCUCAUAUCUUGCCUCAGGUGUCACGACGCGUCUUUCAAAGGUGAGGUGUGGUGGAACCCUGAGAACCUGGACACCAACACCUGCUGCUACCUGCACCUGCUGUGUCGCUUCUUCAGCGUCAUUGUCACCGGGGCUGCCCAGGGGCCCAUGAUGGCCAGCUUCAGAGGCCUGAUGAAGCUGCUGGUUCAGGUCCACCUGAGUGAUCCUCUGGAGCUCUUCAAGUUCUUGUCCCUGCUGUGGGGCUACAACAGUAACCAUGGAGACCAGCUGGACGUGAGGGUCAGUGCCAUCCUCCAGACUCAGUCCCUGUAUGUGGGAGGAGCCCUGCUCGCCCCUCAGCCCGGCACCACGCGGGCACAGCUGGCGUCAGCCUCCUCUCCAGUGGCUCUGUCGUUGCUGGCCUGCCUGAGCUCACCGGUCAGGGAGGUGCGCAGGGCAGCCAUCGCUGCCCUUCAGAGCCUGUCAGAGGGGGCCGGCUCCCCCUUUGAGCCAAUCACGGCCAGGCUGCUUAAGAACACAGAGGAGAUCAUCGCUGACCCCGCGCACGUCAGCCAGGCCCUGGGUCUGCUCUGGGGCGAGUAUGUAGCACAGCCAGGCAAGGCUCGCCACAAGAGUGUACUGGCCUCCAUGGAGCAGCUGCUGAAGGGUCUCCAGGCCCCCAACUGCCCCUCGUACACCAGCAUGACCCUGCUGCGGACCCUGGAGCAGGUCAACGGAGAGGCCGUGCUCUCGGGUCUCCUGCCCAUCCUGGAGCGGCUGCUGGAGCAGAGUGGCCCCGAUGCCCCCAUUCUCCUGAGGGGCGAGGCCCAGCUGAUGCAGCUCACCCUGGGCAAGUACAACGAGGCGUCAGCCCCUUUGCUGGUACGGGACCAGGCCGUGCUGGAUGUGUUCAUCAGGGCCCUGGGGACCACCGCCCAGCCCCACCCAGACAUCCCCAGCUUCCAGAUCAUAGCCCUAGAACAGAUCACCAAGCCCUUCUUCUCCGCCCUGGAGGACUGCAAGGUGCAGCAGAGGCUCCUGGGGGUGAUGUUCGACCUUCUGGUGGAGAGCAGGAGUCCUGUCUGCUCCAACACCAUCAGCAGCGUCUUCAAGGGGAUUGCUGUGGAUGGGGAGCUGGUGGCCAACGAGCUGGUCCCAGCAGAGAAGCCCAAAGUCACUGUGAGUGUACAGCAGACGCGUAGGAGCCAGAUGCUGCAGAGGAGGGUCCAGGACAGUGGGCAGGCCCCGGCAGAAGAAGGUGCUGUGUCCUGGGCCAGGGCCACCCUCAUCCUGGAGCUGCUGCAACACAAGAAGAAGCUGAAGAGACCUGAGCUGCUGGUGCCCGCUCUCUUCACCCUGCUCUCCAGGUGUCUGGAGACGUCCGCCGCAGAGCAGGGCAACAUGGAAUACACCAAGCAGCUGCUGCUCAGCUGUCUGCUCAACAUCUGCCAGAAGCUCUCCCCCGAUGGAGGACCAGUCAGCCCAGACGUGCUGGAUGAGGACAAGUUCAACGUGGAGCUGGUGGUUCAGUGUGUGAGAGUGUCGGACAUGCCCCAGACGCACCAUCAUGCCUUACUGCUGCUGGGCAUUGUGGCUGGCAUCUUCCCUGAGAAAGUCCUCCACAACAUCAUGCCCAUCUUUACCUUCAUGGGGGCCAACAUCAUGCGUCUGGACGAUGCCUACAGCUUCCAGGUCAUCAACAAGACUGUGCAGACGGUAAUCCCUGCUCUCAUCAAGGCCCAUGAGGAGGGUGAGGGGCGCUCCUCAGGUCACAUGGAGGUAGUGGUGACGAAGAUCAUGCAUGUGUUCACCGACGCGCUGCCCCACGUGCCUGAGCACCGCCGUCUGCCAAUCCUGUCCCAGCUGGUCACCACCCUGGGCCCCGCCCGCUUCCUCUGGGUCCUGAUGCUCCUCAUGUUCAAGCAGCACGCCACCCAGACGGCCGUCACCACCACCACCACCGACAAGGAUACAGUUCUGGAGCGGGACGUGGAGUUCUGGAUCUCUGUGUGCUGUGAGUUUGAGGUGUCUGACCAGCUCACCUCGCUCAUCAGGGUCCUGCAGUACCUCAUGCUGCUGCCACAGGACAAGGAGGACGGCCCAGGGAAGCGAGCUACGCUCUGUCGAGGAGGUGCUAAGAGAAAGGAGGAGGAGAAGGCAGAGGAGCUGAUCUUCAGCGUGGAGAGCCACAGCAGCAAGGAUCUCAGACACUUCAAGUUCCUGUCUGUCUCCUUCAUGGCUCAGCUGUUGGCUUCAGGCAGCUUCAUAGGGAAGGUGGCGGACCAUGGUGACAUCAUGGAAGAUGCUCUGCAGAAGCUACAGCAGAGCCUGCUGGAGGAGAUCCUGCUCUACAUCCACACAGUGGCUCGCUGCGUGGAAGAGAAUGCCGACAAACCAACAGCCAAGUUCUGGAGAGCCCUGCUCAACAAGGCCUACGAUGUCCUGGACAAGGUGAAUGCCCUGCUGCCGACGGAUACUUUUAUCACUGUGAUGCGUGGGCUGAUGGGUAACCAGCUAGCAUCAGUGAGGAGGAAGGCCAUGGAGCUGCUCAACAACAAGCUACAGCACAGGACUCAGUGGCAAGAGGAACAGGUGGCUGUGCUGCUGGAACUGACUGGGGACCUUCUGAGCAUUGUGGGUAAGGGCCGCGGCAAGGAGGAGGAGGAGGAGGAGCAAGCCAUCAACAGGCAGACCGCCCUCUACAGCCUCAAGCUGCUGUGCCGCAGUUUCGGUGCCGACCACCAGGAGGCGUUUGUGCCUGUGCUGGUCCGGGCAGUGGAGAUCUUGACCUCCCCUGAAGAAGAGAAGAACGUGAUGGGCAGUGCCCUGCUGUGUGUCGCUGAGGUCGCGAGCACACUCAAGGCCCUUGCCAUCCCACAACUCCCCAGACUGAUGCCUGCAGUGCUGCAAGUCCUGGCAGAGAGGAAGGAGGUGCUUUCUAACGAGAUCUACCUGCUGAGUGCGGUCACAGCCCUGCAGCGCGUAGCAGAGACCCUCCCACAUUUCAUCAGCCCCUAUCUGCAGGACACGGUACUACAGGUGUGCCGACUGACGAGGGUGGCAGAGAAGGCCGGCACCUCCCCCCAGCUCAGCCUCCGCCUGGCCUCUCUCAGGACCACCCUUGCCACCAAGGUGCCCCCCAGGGUCCUACUGCCCACCAUCACCAAGUGCUACAGCAAGAUGAUGGAGUCCAAACAUAGCCAUCUUGGUCCUCUCAUGGGAAUCUUGAAGGAGCACAUUGUUCAGAUGGAGAAGGAUCAGCUCAACUCCCACCAAACAGAGCUAACUUCCUUCUUCCUGAUUGCCCUGGACUUCCGAGCCCAACACGGUCAGGGAGACCUGGAGAAGACCCAGGAGAUUGAGGGCUUUGUGAUCGACUGUCUGCUGGCCAUGGUCAUGAAGCUGUCUGAGGUCACCUUCAGACCACUGUUUUUCAAGCUGUUUGACUGGAGUAAGACAGACUCCACUGCUAAGGACCGGCUCCUGACCUUCUACCGCCUCUCCGACCGCAUCGCUGACCGGCUCAAGGGCCUGUUUGUGCUGUUUGCUGGUCACUUGGUCAAGCCCUUCUGUGACCUGCUACGCCAGACCAACGUCACCCAGACUGACGAGGCGUUGUUUGACUCCAAAGACGGCGUGGAGAAGUGUAGUCUCCUGCUGCAGUACCUGCUGGACUGUCUCCACAAGAUCUUUCUGUACGACACCCAGCACUUCGUCAGCAAAGAGAGGGCGGAGGCUCUCAUGACUCCGCUGGUCGACCAGCUGGAGAACACCCUGGGAGGAGAGGAGCUGCACCAGACACGCGUCACCAAACACUUGGUGCCCUGUGUGGCCCAGUUCUCCGUCGCCAUGGGCGACGACACCCAGUGGAAGGCCCUUAACUACCAGAUACUGCUAAAGACGCGACACGGUUCAGCCAAGGUGCGUUUCUCUGCCCUGCUGAUGCUGCUGGAGCUGGCUGGCAAGCUGAGGGAGAACUACAUGGUGCUGCUACCUGAGACCAUCCCCUUCCUGGCUGAGCUCAUGGAGGACGAAUGUGAGGAGGUGGAGCACCAGGUCCAGAAGGUCAUCCAGGAGAUGGAGUCCAUCUUGGGAGAGCCUCUCCAGAGCUACUUCUAACCCUGGACUCCCCCCCCCCCCCCCCCCCCCCCCCCCCCCCCCCGCAGGGCUCACCUGCCCACAGCCACCCAACCCCCGCCCCCAUGAGGGCACAGUGCUGCCCUGUUCUGGACAGCUGUCUGUGGAGAGAUGCGUCAUCUCGACACCAGAGGGGCACUGGCCUCCCGUCUUACAUUGUACUCGUUAACUGUUUCUCUGAAGUGGUCGUCAGUGUAUGCCCGUCAGGACGAAUGCUGUACAUACAGAGAUGACAGAUAGGUUAACCUUUAACCUUUUGCUUUUAUAUAUCAAAUCUAAAACUGUCUAUGGUUGCCAAGUAUGGACACAUGUCCAGUACAAUUCGUUCAAAGGAGAGUAUAUGGUUAAUGUAUGUCACAAAUGAAUGAUUAAUAAGCAAAAGGUUUAACUUUGUUCUUUUUAUUGCACCUGUUUCUCCCUGUCUGUGUGAUUUAUUGGAUUUGAGAUUUUCAUUAAAAAAA